CACAGCAAAAAAGGCUUUCCAAGAAUUCUCUACCAUGGCAAAGAGAAACGCUUUCCAGUCACACCAGGUAUUCUCCCUGUUCAUUUUUGCCAUCGGAGUAUAUGCCUGUGUAGGAUUUGCCACAAACCGAAUUAAGAGAGCUGAAGAAUGGGAGGAGGGCCCUCUCUCAGUCCUUUCAGAUGCUCCCAGGACCAAUACUUCUAAUUCCUGCAAGGGCAGAUGCUUUGAACUCCAAGAGCGUGAGGACAUGGACUGUCAAUGUGACAACUUGUGCAAGAGUUAUGGUAGCUGCUGCCAUGAUUUUGAUGAACACUGUUUGAAGACAGCUCGUGGUUGGGAAUGCACUAAGGACAGAUGUGGAGAAGUAAGAAACGAAGACAAUGCCUGUCAUUGCUCUGAGGACUGCUUGGCUAGAGGAGACUGUUGUACCAAUUAUCAAGUUGUUUGUAAAGGAGAGACCCAUUGGGUGGAUGAUGAUUGUGAGGAAAUAAAGGCACCAGAAUGUCCUGCAGGGUUUGUUCGUCCUCCAUUAAUCAUCUUCUCUGUGGAUGGGUUCCGUGCAUCCUACAUGAAGAAAGGCAGCAAGGUUAUGCCUAACAUUGAAAAACUAAGAUCUUGUGGCACCCAUUCUCCUUACAUGAGACCUGUUUACCCUACAAAAACCUUCCCUAACUUAUAUACCUUGGCAACUGGACUUUACCCUGAAUCACAUGGAAUUGUUGGCAAUUCGAUGUAUGAUCCUGUAUUUGAUGCCACUUUCCACCUUCGAGGACGAGAGAAAUUUAAUCACAGAUGGUGGGGAGGCCAACCGAUAUGGAUUACAGCCACCAAGCAAGGGGUGAAAGCCGGGACAUUCUUCUGGUCUGUUGUCAUCCCUCAUGAGCGAAGAAUAUUAACAAUACUGCAGUGGCUUACCCUUCCAGACAAUGAAAGGCCUUCCGUGUAUGCCUUCUAUUCUGAACAGCCAGAUGCAGCUGGACACAAAUAUGGCCCAUUUGGCCCUGAGGAGAGUAGUUAUGGCCCCCCUCUUACUCCGGCUAAAAGACCUAAGAGGAAGCUAACUCCUAAGAGGAGACAGGAAAGACCAGUUGCUUCUUCAAAGAAACAAAGAAGAAAAUUACAUAGGAUGACCCAUUAUGCUGCGGAAGCCCGUCGGGAUAAAAUGACAAAUCCUCUGAGGGAAAUUGACAAAACUGUGGGACAGUUAAUGGAUGGACUGAAACAACUGAAACUACAUCGUUGUGUUAAUGUCAUCUUUGUUGGAGACCAUGGAAUGGAGGAUGUCACAUGUGAAAGGACAGAGUUCUUGAGCUCUUAUCUGACCAAUGUAGAUGAUAUUAUCUUGGUGCCUGGAGCCUUGGGACGAAUUCGUCCCAAGUCUAGUAAUAAUGCUAAAUAUGAUCCCCGAACAAUUAUUGCCAAUCUCACCUGUAAAAAACCAGAUCAGCACUUUAAACCUUACAUGAAACAGAACCUUCCCAAACGUCUGCACUAUGCUAAUAACAGGAGAAUUGAGGACAUCCAUCUGCUGGUGGAUAGAAGAUGGCAUGUAGCAAGGAAAUCAGUUGAUGUCUAUAAGAAACCAUCAGGAAAAUGCUUUUUCCAGGGAGAUCAUGGAUUUGACAACAAGGUCAAUAGCAUGCAGACUGUUUUUGUAGGGUAUGGUCCAACAUUUAAGUACAAGACCAAAGUGCCUCCAUUUGAAAACAUUGAACUUUACAAUGUCAUGUGUGAUCUCCUGGGAUUGAGGCCAGCUCCUAAUAAUGGGACCCAUGGAAGUUUGAAUCAUCUCUUACGGACUAAUACAUACAGGCCAACCAUGCCUGAUGAAGUUUCAAGACCCCUCUAUCCUGGGGCUCUGUACCUUCACUCUGAUUUUGACUUGGGAUGUACAUGUGAUGAUAAGGUAGACCCAAAUAAUAAACUAGAAGAACUCAAUAAACGCCUUCAUCCCAAAGGAACAACAGAAGAGAGACAUCUCCUUUAUGGUCGACCUGCAGUACUUUAUCGGACUAGAUACAAUAUCUUGUAUCACCAUGAUUUUGAAAGCGGUUAUAGUGAAACUCUCCAAAUGCCACUGUGGACAUCCUACACUGUUUCCAAACAGGCUGAGGUCUCUAGCAUUCCUGAGCACUUGAUCAAUUGUGUACGACCAGAUGUUCGUGUUUCUCCAAGUUACAGUCAGAACUGUUUGGCUUACAAAAAUGAUAAACAGAUCUCCUACGGAUUCCUCUUUCCUCCCCAUCUGAGCUCUUCUGCAGAAUCUAAAUAUGAUGCCUUCCUUGUCACUAACAUGAUUCCAAUGUAUCCUGCCUUCCAAAGAAUCUGGAAUUAUUUCCAAAGGAUUUUGGUGAAAAGAUAUGCAACUGAGAGGAAUGGAGUCAAUGUCAUCAGUGGGCCCAUCUUUGACUAUGACUAUGAUGGUUUACAUGAUACACAAGACAAAAUAAAACAACAUGUUGAAGGAAGCUCCAUUCCAAUCCCUACUCAUUACUACAGCAUCAUUACGAGUUGCCUUGAUUUCACUCAACCUGCUGACAAGUGUGAUGGUCCCCUUUCAGUCUUUUCUUUCAUCCUUCCUCACCGGCCAGACAAUGAGGAGAGCUGCAAUAGUUCAGAAGAAGAAUCUCGGUGGGUGGAAGAUCUCUUGAAGAUGCACACUGCCCGUGUGAGGGACAUCGAGCAACUCACCAGUCUGGACUUCUUCCGAAAGACCAGCCGGAGCUACCCUGAAAUAUUGUCCCUAAAGACAUACCUGCAUACAUUCGAAAGCGAGAUUUAACUUUCUGAUCGUUCUCAGUGUAGCCCUUUAUCAACUGGUGUAUAUUUUUAUAUUGUUUUAUAUUUAUUAAUUUGAAACCAGGACAUUAAAAAAAUUAGUUAUUUUGCUCCUAUACCAAAUCUGACAUAUUAAGCCCAAGUGUCACCACUGUUUUUCUCUAAUGCUUAAUUUAGAUAGGCUUACAUUUUGAGUAGAGCUUGUGAUACUGCAGUUUGAAUUUUUAGUGGAAGCUUCUGAAUGGUCCUGCAGGAUUGAUAUUUGCAUUGAGGAAAUAUUAAUCUUCUAGUGCACAGUUGCCACAUUUAUAGUCCUGUACUGUAUCGAAAUACUGAACUUGUAAAGUUACAUUCAUUUACUGUUAAUGAUGACAGACAUAUUUAAACCUUAUAGACCAAUCUUAAAUAUAAUAAAUCACACAUUCAGUUUUUUAAUGUUUUA